CAAAACUCGCACUGUGUUAGCUGCGUGCUGACCGAACUAUGCUAAUCUAACUGUAAGUAGCGAACAUCGGUUGCUAUAUUUGAUGUUGGACAACAAAACAGUCUGAUUUGUCCAAUACUCGAAAAGUAGAUGAAAAACCUGCCAUGACGAACUUGACCUCGGUGCGUGUCGUUGUUCUGGGAAACAAGCAUGUAGGCAAAACAGCUCUGAUUGUUCGCUUCCUGACACAGCGGUACAUUGGUGAAUAUCGUUCUAAUGCAGAUUGGUUGUACAAGCACAGGGUUAUGUGUGAUGAUAGUCUUCGCGAAGUCGAGAUUCUGGAUAUUUCUCGCUGGCCGGAUGACUGCCUUCCAACCGAUGGAAUCCAAUGGGCAGAUGCCUGUGUAGUUAUUUAUAGUAUCUGUGACCGAGAAAGUUUCAUCAGAGCCCAUGACUAUCUAAAUUUAAUUCAUCGUCUCAAAGCACCCAGUUACAUUCCUGUUGUGUUGCUAGGUAAUAAAAGAGAUUUGGAGCUUGGCCGACAGGUGUCGUUUGAAGAUGGAAACGAGAUUUCCAUUCAGUAUGGUUGUGAUUUUGAUGAAGUAUCUGCAGCGGAUAACUACGCCGAAGUUAACAAUGCUUUUAGCAACCUUAUUCGCCAAGUAAGAACUUCUCAACUUCAACAGUGUCUUCCUAGACAAAGAAAACGAAGCAUCAUACCUGUCUCAAAGAUGCUUAGUGCCAUGUUUGGGAAGAAUACCAACAAGGAUACGAGAAAAAAUAAGCAACCAUCUUGUUCACUAUAAUAGUAAAUCAAAGAACUCGUAACAGUGUUGAAACCGAGCACAAAAAGGUCAAAUACUUAACACCUCGCGACAUUUUCCUAGGUGUUAAGACGAUGUCAUAACUUAGGAGACAUCUGGUGUCAGUUUAUUUUGUGGACUCUAAGGCAAUAAAUUUUCACAUAGGAACUGCAAGUUUCAGUAAUGUAUUUUAUUCUUCUAAAAUGUGAAGUGUUUGCAAUGAAACAACUUUCAAAUAUUCCUUUAGUCCUACAUGACAUUCAGGUUAUGUUUAUACUUGAAGAUAUAGAGAACUGUCUUCAAAACAUGCUUUCUUUAUUGCUCUAAUAAAAUGAGAAUUGCUGUUUUGAUGCAUUAUUAUUAGGAAAUAUGUUUGCUACUUAUGAAAGUAUGAGCUAAAUGUAACAUAUGAGCAGUUGAAACUUAUUAUUGCGUUCAAUACCUGAUCCUGAGAAAGCAAAACAUUAAUAAUUUAAAGAAUUCCGUUAAUUAUUGUAUUCCUAAGGAUUUUAAAGUUUUAUCCUAAGCCGGUUCCUGCGUGUUUAAAUCUUAUAUUCUUAUAUCACUUUAUUUCUCAUUCUCUAAAGCAAAAUCAUAGGGAUAUUUCCUGAAACUAUAUAGGUAUUCAUAAAUGCAUUUUAAUAUCAUAAAUCCGAAGUAAUUAAAAACGUAAAUGUUUUCUAUCUUUACACUAUAACGAUAUUCGCAGCCGUUACAUCAAAGUGACCUUAUUCGUCAACUUUUUGUGGUUAAAUCGUAAUUUUGAAAUUUUUUACAUAGCAAGAAUCGCCCACGAAAAUAUAAUAUUAAUUUGUAUUCUAACCCAUUUUUCAGAAAGAUUCUUAUUAUACCAGUUUGAAAAUUGACGACAUUUUAUUUCUUUAUCAUUAAAGCGCCAUUUUUAGUUGAUAUUAAAGUUUUUUUGUGCAUUUUCAUUCAUAUGACACAGCUAAGACAUUUAAGCAAAUAUAGCGUGAUACGUUAUAGAUUCAUAUAAUCAUUCUUAACUGAAUUAUAGGCAUGGACGAGAAGAACAGUAUUGAACUUGCUAGAAGCAAAUCGUACGAGAGGGAAAAUAUAAUAAAGGUUGACUGUAUAUCAUUGGUGUCAUUGUUUGAUUUAACACCGAAACAUCUUUUAAGAGCAAUAUUUCGAUCAUCAGAAUUCAAGUCAGUAAAUAACACAAAAAAAAAGAUAAAGUCAUAUAAGAAAAUCUAUUUUACCCCCAAAUGAAAAUGGGAAUGCAUUCGUACUUAGAUAAGAAUGACAUUAGGUCCUUUGAAAACAAACUAGCUAAUGACAUACCGUGAAAAAACACACACAAAACAACAUUAUUAAGAAAUAGAAAUGGGGUGUAACAGAAAGUGCACUUCUUACUGGUAACCUGAAAACGUAGCGUUAAUCUUUCUAUUCAUCAGGCAGAUUGAAGUCAUUGACACUCUACGUGUAAACUAGCCAGAAUUUAGAUUGUAUGACAAUGUUACUAUUUCAUCCUAUUUUAAGCAUUUAUGGCGAUAUAAACACUUAUUUUGGAAUAUGCUGCUAAGAUCUGAAAUGAUUUGUCUAAAAGUGUGAUUUAAAAAUAUAAGUACCUUUUUUCCCCUUCACUUAAGUUUUGAUGAAAGUAGCUUAUGAAUUAGCUUUCUUCAAUUUUUUUUACAUUUUACUUACAAGCGCAUACUGUCAUCUUGAUGAUUAUUUGAUAUCGAA